CCUGACGAAAAAAAAAAAAUAAGUGCAAAAAAGUGAGUUAAAAUGUGCCAAAUCUGUGAGUCGGUGGUUCAUAAAGCACGAGUACAGUUGAGCUGAGCUGAGUUGUGUCGAAUCUGCAUAUUCGCGGGAGGAGAUAUGGAACGAAAGUUGCAUGCAAAUGAAAGAAGACGACGACUGAUUCAGCCGAUGAGUUCAUCGACCACGGUGAGCAGACGAAGAAGAAACUACUUAGUACGGAAUUACGCGAACUGUCCUCAACGCCAUCACCAGCCACGAACGUUGCCAUAGCUUUUAAACCACAUUUUACAACAAAUCACACCCCCACCACAAUGGCCGAGUUCCUUCCCCUGUGCGACGUCCUGUUCAACGUGAUCUCGCUGGCCGGCUACUUCUGCAACGUGGUCUUCGACGUCGUGCUCGGGUACGCGCUGUACGAGCGCCAAAAGUUCGCCUACUUUGCCACGGUGAUUGUGAUCGUGAGCUUCUCGCUGGUCAUCUCGCAGAUUGUCUCCGUACGAUGGUACUUGAACAAGCGGAAGCUGCGGAACUCGACGGCCGCCGCGACGGGGCCACCUGGGGAGGACAGUCCGGAGAAUAGUUUGGAGAAGAAGAAGAAGAAACCUCCGGUUGAGGAGCCGUCCGAUUCGGCGCGCUACAGCCGAUGGGUGGUGUUGGCGCUGCAUGCGACCCAGUUGGGGGUGCUGUGGCGAUACGCCAAGUUGUUCGUGCCCGUUGAUCUGCGUCACGUGAAGCACGAGGUUCGGGAUCUUUGUAUGCUCCGGUUGGUUCAUGCCUUCUGCGAGGCUGCCCCAAUGUUGUUGCUGCAGCUGUACGUGCUGGUGAACCUGCAGAACGAGACCCAUAUGAACGCGGUGAAGCUGAAGGCGCUGGCCAGUGGGCACCAUCUGUCCAGUACGGCCCUGGUUCAGCAGACGAGUUUGGCCGAGCAGCAGCAGAAGACGUUUCGGGAUCUGAACAUGGUUUCGGCUACGUUGUCGUUGUUCAGCGUUUGCUGGGCACUGGCUAGCUUCAGCAAGAACGUCCGGCUGCAGAACGUUCACCGGUUGGUGUUGACCUGGCUCGGGGUGAUCUUCCAGUUUCUGUGGCGGCUGGGAACCGUGAUAUCGCGGGUCAUCUCGUUGACCGUGUACGCCUCGGUAUACAGUCAUUGGGUGUUUCUGGUCAUAAUUCUCCACUGGUUCUCGAUGUUUCUGUGGCUCAUCUCGCCGAAGAAUGUGUUCCACGGUGAACGGAUCUCGCGACUAAAAAAGGCAACCCUCGGUGGGUUGAUCGCAUUCGUGUACAUCUUUGCGUACAUCAACUUGCAGGAGGUCCGGCACCGACAAAAGAUGCUAACCUUCUACAUCGUAAUGUUCAUGGAGAACUGCCUGCUGGUGGGCCUCUGGAUGGUCGGAAUCUGGCCGAACCGCCCGGAAGGUUGGUACACCAUCCCGAUCUCGGUGCUGUGCAGCUUCGCGAUCGGCCUGUUCUUCAUGGUCGUGUACUACCGGUACUUUCACGUGCGACGACUCGGGUACGAAGCCGGUGGCCGGGCACCGUGUGAGAACGGAACCGCGAAGUGUACUCGCUGUGCGGAGGUUUGUCGCUGUCGGGACACGUCCGAGCGAGGGGCGGAGGCCGGGAAGGUUUUUGGAGGCUGUGGAAGUCAAAAGUAUCCGCACUCGAUUCCGGGAGUGUUCAACUGUCGGUUUUCGAAUCCGGUGAAUGCCGCCACGAAGAGGAAGAAGAAGAAACCAACCACGUUCGUGCCGCCACCGAAUCUGGCCAUGCAACCGAGUGGGGCGUCGGACCAGGGAACGCCGAUUGGACCGAUGGCGAUCCCGUUCUGGAGGAGGCCAUUGCCGCGAUCGCAUACGGGAGGAUCAAGUGAGAACGAGGGUAGCAGUGUCGGCUCUAGGGUUAACAUUCAACAGAAGCUGCAGGAGAAGAAGCAGAAACAGCUGGCCGAACUGAAGAUCAUCGAGGAGGAGAUCAAGCAGGGAAAACUGGGUGGCCCGGGAACGGGAACGCUCAGUUCAGGAGAUGACGGAAAGGCUACCCUGCCAAGACAACCAAUCCCUCGCGUCAAGAAGCACAUCGACAUCGAUCCCAUGGAGUGGCGACCUUCAUCCCCAGACAUGGCGGAAAUUGCCGUCGAAAAGUCCUUCAACGAUCUCAACCUGCUACUAGCGGCCAACCUGGACGACGUCAACAACCUCAACAAGUUCAGCUCGAACUACGAUCCGAUCUACAACAGCUUCGGCCUCAACGGAAUCAACAUCUCCGCCCUGGUCAACAUGAAGAACGCCGAAGCCCAGCAAGCCGCCGUCAACAACCGGAACAUGUCCCCAAUCUCAUCCCAGAUAUCAGCAACCGAGAGCAAUUCCCUCACCCGUCAGGUCCACCCCCGCACCAAAAUGCUUCCAAACAACGUGCCACGAAACCCGUUCGCCGAAAACUACCGAGGAAACUUUGUCAACCUGUACGCGGACGCCGCAGCCAACAACAACCGGCCACCCUCAAUCAGUCCGCGCACCACCGAAGUGGCCACCGCCAACCGAGCCGUCCUGUACGACAACCACAGCCGACUCUACAUGGACGCGAACCACCCCCGGCAAAUCUCCGGCACGUACAGCAGCAUCGAAAACGGCGGCGCCGCCGACAACCUCCCCUUUCCGUACAACGUGGUCCCACCGCCUCGCAGCAAGCUGGACAGCCGGGCAACGCCGACAAUGCCCAACAACAGCGCAACCAACACGGGCUCCAGCAGCGGCGGCAAGAACAACACCACCGGGAAGACCCACGUGGGCGGUGCGGUGUCCGUGCCGAUCAACAACCUGAACAAGCAGCGGCAGAUGCAGCGGGCCAAGACGCCGGAGAUACUGCUGGCGCCGCACUAUUUGGAGAAUUCGCGCAUUUACUACGACUGGGUGGCGCGGGAGGCGGCCAAUUUUAGGCUCCAAGAAGCCGAUCGCAACCAAUCGGUGGUCAGCAGCGGCGACGAGAACCUGGACGCCGUGGACGACGGUAGCAACCCUCACCGAAUCCCGUCUGACAUCGACAGUCAGGUUUCCCUGCCCCGUUCGUACACGCUGCCACGUGAGUUCAAGUACUACCGGCGGAACAAGGCCGGCCGGAAGGUCAUCAAGAACGAGCACUUUAUCGCGAGCACCAACAGCAGCGACGGCGACGUGGACAGCGGCGACGACAACGAGUCCGAGCACCACUCGAACCACGAAUCGCCGCACCAGCUGCCGAUCCCACGCUCGAAGAACGCCACGCCCAGUUCGAACAUUGGCCCGCCAACAACUUCGCAACGGCUCAACAACCUGAACAAGGUCUCGGCGGCGCCUCAUCAGAACAUUUCGCCAAGUGCGACGAUGCACUCGCGGCAAACGUUGAACGCCACGCCGCAGAGCAUGGUCAGCAUGACGAGCAAUUCCGGUGCGAGCUACGGCAACAGCAACCAACAUCUGAUGAUGGCCAACGGCGGUGGUCCCAAGCAGGUUCACAGUCUGGACCUGAUCAACGGGGUGAUGGAGAACGUCGCCGGAGGAGGACCGCCGCCGUACAACAACACCAGGCCGAUGCGGUUGCGGAUGUACGGCGCCAAGAACGGGAUGGUCCGGCACGAGACGAAGCUGUGAGGCUUACGGGCUACGGGCUGGAGAGGUUAUUUAUGAUGUAGCUGUACGUUAGGUUUAGGUAGUCCAUGUUUUUAUUUUAUUUUAAACUGCAGGAACUAAUUUUUUGAACAAAUUAUUCUCUAACUUGUGAUAUAAUUUUAACUCUUUUUUCAUAUUGAAGAUUUGUUGCCUGAAUUAUUAGAAGAAAAGAGCGAUACAAAAUUAGAGACUGGCGCUUUAAAACAAAUUCUCUUAGGAUAUAUGUUAUUUACUUAAACUCAAUUUUUAGAUAGUUUAUCCAAUGAGGUUUUAAUUAUAA